GAGGUCAGAGGGCAACAUUGUGAUGUCUUCCUCAGUCACUUCUCCAUUUUUUUUUUAAGACGUCUGUCACUGAACUCAAAUGGGCUAGACUCACCAAGUGGGCUAGACCAUGGAGUGGGGGCCAUGGAGCCCCCAGGAUGUCCCGUCUCUGCUGUGGAACAGUGACGUCAUAGACUUGUCACAAUGAUCUUUUGAACCUGGCUGCUGGGGAUUAGAGCUCGAGUCCACAUUAUCUGCGCAUCAGGUGCUUUACCCCUGCCAUCUUCCCAGCCCUGCUUUCCAUCCCUUUAUUGAUAAUACAGUCUGUGUGGUGGCCUACCUUGGACUGUUCAUGCUGUGUGUCUCCUACCAGGUUGACGAGAGGACGUGUGUCCAGUUUUCUAUGAAGGUGUUGUACUUCCUGCUCAGUGCCCUCGGCCUGAUGGUCUGCAUGCUGGCUGUGGCCUUUGGUGCCCACCACUAUUCCCUGCUUGCACAGUUUACCUGCGAGACCUCGCUGGAUUCUUGCCAGUGCAAGCUGCCUUCCUCGGAGCCUCUCAGCAGGGCCUUUGUUUACAGGGACGUGACGGACUGUACCAGCGUCACUGGCACUUUCAAAUUGUUCUUAAUCAUCCAGAUGGUUCUAAACCUGGUCUGUGGCCUCGUGUGCUUGCUGGCUUGCUUUGUGAUGUGGAAACACAGGUACCAGGUCUUUUAUGUAGGUGUUGGGCUACGCUCCCUGAUGGCUUCUGAUAGCCAGCAACAAAAGGCCUAACAGGUUGGCUCAGAGGGAGACUAGCUCAGAAACAACACACCCACGGGCUAGCCACGGUGAAAAAACACAAAUUUUUAAAGGCAAACUUUUGACAACAAAUACUUUUUCAUUCUCUAAAUGUGUAUUUUUAGAUUUUUUUUUUUUUAGAAAACUAAGCAACAUUUUUUGUAUCUCUAUUGUACUUUUUAAAAGCAUCUUGUGAGGACAGGAGUGGAGAGAUGGCUCUCAAGUGAAGAGGACUUACUGCUCUUCUGGAAGACUCGAGUUCAAGUUCAGUUCUGGAGCCCAUGUUGAGUGGUUCACAAUUACCUGUUAACUCCAGCUCUGGGGACAUUCGGUGCUACAUGCACGCAUGCAUGCACACAUGCAAGCACACAUGCGCACAUGUAUAAUUUAGAAAAACCAACUUAUUUUUAAAGUUCUAAUAAGAAACAAGAUUCAAGCUGACGUGGUGAACACCGAAAGGAAGAGACCAGCAGACGAGGAACGGGUGACCUUGAGCAGGGAUGCUCUGGUGCUUAUCCUCACUCUCUUACGUCCUCGCCCUCCUCCGACUUCCGGUUAGUCCAGUGCGAGGGUGUGAGCUGGCACCGCAGGCCACUCCCCGGACUCUAGAUUCUUCUAGCUCUCUCUACCACCUGCCCUUAUCCCCCGUGCUGCCUUGAGAAAGGUCUAAGGAAAGGCGGAUCUCGGUUGAGUGCUUUUAUGUUUUCACAGUGGAGAUGUCUUCAAGGUAUGAAAUGGCUUUUUUAAAAAGCUAGUAGAACAGGAAGGCCGAGUGAUUCUGAACACCUGCGCUGGGGUGCAGCCUUCCUUCCGGUUGCCUUAGCUCAGACCCACGAGUGGCCUGCAGCCUCCGUGAGGUCUGAUGCACCAUAAUUGAAAGGUGGUGCUGUUGCAUUCUUAACGAUGAGGAAAGUUUAAAAAUAAUUAUAUUAUGCCUCUAGUCUGUCAUCUAAAACAAAUCAUUAAGACUAAUUUCCAGCUAAUUGUUCAUUAUAAUUAUGCGCAGGAUUCUGUUUAAUGAGCUCUGGUUGUUCUUAGGCAGCGCCGUUGGUGUUAGGAAAAAUUACAGCCACCAGGGAAGAUGUCUGAAGAGCCACUUUCCUGGAAACCAACCCCUGCAAAAAAAAAAAAAAAAAAAAAAAAAAAAAAAAAAAAAAAAAAGAUCUUGUAAAGCAUUAGCACUCAGGUUUAAAACACUGAGAGAAAAAGACAAGAGCAUUUGUCACAGGAAAUGUGUAUAUUAGUAGCACAUUUGUGAUAUGUUGAGAGGUAUCUCCCUUGACCACCAAGUACCUUGGAUGGGGAUUGGGCACUACGGGGGAGUCCUGUCCUACACAGGGACUUCCUGUGAAAUCCUAGUAAUGAUGGCUUUUACAGUUGACCUAGAGACAGAUGUCUCAUAGUCCUUGUUUGGUGAUAUGUCCACAGUUAGGAUAUUCAGUUUCAGUUUAGACUUAAGACAUGUACUUGGUUAAGACAGGCUUUGCUAUGUAAUUGGGUAAAAUUCCUCCAGAGGAAUGGGGCAGUGGUGGCGCAUGCCUUUAAUGCCAGCACUUGGGAGGCAGAAGCAGUUGUAUUUCUGUGAGUUCAAGGCCAGCCUGGUCUACAAAGAAAGUUCUAGGACAGCCAGAGCAGACAGAGAAACCCUGUCUUGAAAACAAACAAACAAACAAACAAAAAAAAACCAAAGCCAACCAAACAAAAACAAGAAAAAAAAAAGGACUGCUUUCAGACAAAACUGCAUGAAUAGAACACUAAGCUUCCUGAAACUAACCUGGGAAACCUUUAGUGUUUGUUAAGAAUAGCCAGCUCUGGGCUGUGGAGAUAGCUCAGUUAGCAAAGUCCUUGCCAUCUAGUAAGAACUUGUUCCCAUGUAAAAAGGCCAGGCAUAAUGGUCUGUGCUUGUGAUCCUGGCAUUGCAGAGGGAGGCAGAUCCCUGGGGCUUCUUCACCAGCCAUCUUUAAUGUAGCGAUUGAACUCCAGGUCCAUGAUGAGAGAGUUGUCUCAAGAAAAAAAAAACUAAAAGCAACCCAGAGUGGAUAGCUGACCCCUGGCCUUCGCAUGUAUGCACACACAAUUAAGACUAACCAAUUUCACAUUGACUUUCGAUAGUUUUCUAUAGAAACAGGAACAUGGUAGAGAACCCAGGAUGUCACAGGGUAUCCUUUUAAAGUGAAGCUGUUUUCAUGCCCAUUACUGUGCACCUAGCCCUGCUGGAAGCACACAAAGAAUGCCUUUGUCCAACAAACUCAACAGGUUUUUGAUUUUGUUUUUUAAAUAAGAAAAUUAAGAUUCCCCAUGCAGUUAAGUUGUGCUAUGCUUUACAAAUGACUCACGGGAGGCAUUUUAAAGGCUAGAGUGAUUUUAGCCUGCGGGUUUCUUACUUUCUAAUACAACCAAGAGUUGGGGUGAUUUUAGCUUAUAAUAUUAUAUCUGCCUAGAAUGGGGAUUUUACUAUUAUGAUCAAAUUAUUCUUAACUCCCCAAAGAGGGGGAAACAUUGUAAGUGAGCAGAGAUGGAUGACAGGACCUGUGCUAGAAGCUCACUGUAUGCUGGAAUGUGUAAGGACUGUGUUGCAUGAGUAACAAAUGGCUUUGGGCUGGAUCUGAAGUAUUUUGACGUUAUGUUUUGCAAAUAUUGAAGCUCCAGUGAGGGCAACAGAGAAGGAGCAGGCACACAGCUUCUCACUUAGCAAAAUGUUACACUUUCAAAUCUGUCGCAGAGCCAGAACGGUGACUGCGCCUUCCAAACUGCAGAACAGAGGGGUUUGCAAAGCCCUCCCUCCCCCAGCCUCCUUCAGGAGGAUUAAAUGAAUCAAGACUGUUCAAAAAGGAGAAACGGCCAGGGCUUGGCUGUACUUGGAAUAGGAGUACGGCCGCCUGGGUGUUCAGACCGUAACUGAGCCCACUCAAUGCAUCUGUGCCUUUAUGUGACUGUCAUUUGUGGUUCCAAGCUCCAUCCAGAUUGGUGUAGGCAGCACCUUGGAGCCAUGCCUAAACCGUAGCUACUCCAAAGUCCUAGAAACAGCCCUCUCACCCCCCUCUUUGGAUAGAGAGCCCAGAUAUUCUCUUCUGAGUGUCUUCCAGUGUGUUCCUAUAGCUGAAUUCCAUUCUAUAUGUUUUUUAUCCAUAUCCAAGAAGUGAGGAUCUCCUGGUACUCCUUGAUUUACUUCUAUGUGCAUUGUGUCUGGGGCAUAUUUAUGAAAUUGUAGUAGAGUCUUCAUAAGAGUGAUCGAGGGGUAUUAGGAGGGGCAGUUAGCUAUGGAGGGGCAUUAGGAGGGGCAGCUAGCUAUGGAGGGGCAUUAGGAGGGGCAGCUAUGGAAGGGCUACUGAAAGACGAUCAGAAAUGAACUUGAAAGCUGUCCAUCAUUUGCACACACGAACUGUGUCCUGAUAUUUCCUGGUGACUAUCUCUGAACUAUCACCGUGUGAUCACCUUUGUCUAAACGUGCCACUGGAUUUUACUCUCGUUAACACAUAAUAAGCUUUAGCUGUACAGUGGAGGGUCAACCUAUCUGAUGGCCAGCUGCUUAGUGUUUAAGCCACUGAAAUAAACUUAUGUCUCCUAAUUUUCUUGUCUCAAAUGAGUACUGCCCCUUUCAGAACGAUGAGUCUGCAUAUGGUGCUGCAAUCUCCUUUCCUGGCCUUGAUCAAAUCGAGAGUAGAAGAUGGAGUGUCUCCACACAUUUGAGGUGGUUAUUUUUUAAAGGGUGUGUGUUUCCUUUAUUAAUAAACUUUUCAUAAUCCACAAA